UCUCGAACGUCCCGUUACGGAACAAUUGUUGGUUUAUCAAAUCGCCAAUUGAUCUGUCCAGACGAGUCUUCUCUUUCAUCGACUAUUUAAACAGUCGAUUCUGUUUUCGUUCUUUAAAUGGAACCUUUGCAUUUAUAAAACAUUAUAUUGUGUGUUAUCGAAGGGGUUUUUUUCCAUGACAAUUGAGUGGGUGAGGAGCAUCUUUUCUAAGACCGGAAUGUGAAGGUCUUUGGACAUGGGCCAUUGCACAUAGGCUGGAAUAUUCAAGUGCCGUUUAGUUGCCUUUUUCUGUCUUAGGCAGGAAUCCGGUUGGAAAGCGUGCAACUGCUACUGAACUGAGACAUUCUCUUUUGGGCAUCUCUAUUAGCAGGUAUAAUGUCUGAUACAAAUGGAUAUUCGAAUGGCAUCAGCAAUGGUCACCAAAACGGCCAUUCCACAGAGCCUGUCGGCCAACACUGGCGAGUGGGUCUAUUAAAUGCCCAAUGCCGAUAUCUGACCGCAGAGAGUUUUGGUUUCAAAGUAAAUGCAAAUGGCGUCGGACUCAAGAAAAAGCAAUUAUGGACAUUGGAGCCUUAUGGAGAUGAUGAUUCGGUAUGUUUGCGCAGUCACUUGGAUCGAUAUCUUAGUGUGGAUCAUUUUGGAAACGUCACCUGCGAAAGUGAAGAAAAACUGGAAGGAGCUAAGUUUUUUGUAGCUGUGGCUAAUGAUGGUACUGGACGUUGGGCAUUGAGGAAUGCUGUGCGUGGUUAUUUCUUGGGAGCAGCUAAUGAUAAGCUUCUGUGCUCAGCCAAGGUUCCGGGACCAGCUGAGCUUUGGACAGUUCACCUAGCUGCUCGUCCUCAAGUCAACAUCAGAAGCGUGGGCCGCAGACGAUAUGCUCGUCUGUCAACAGAUCAUGAAGAAAUUCACGUUGACGCCAAUACCCCUUGGGGAGAGGACACACUGUUCACUCUAGAAUUCCACGAAGGAAAAUACGCCAUCCACACUUGCAACGAUAAAUAUUUACGCCACGACGGCAGACUUUCAGAAAAGUUGGUCAAUGAAGCACUGUUUACCCUCGAGUUCCAUUCCGGAUACCUGGCCCUCAGAGAUAGUGCUGGAAAAUACGUCGCUCCACUUGGAAGUCGAGCUGUUUUGAAAACUAGAUCUCAGACUGUUACCAAAGAUGAACUAUUCUUUCUGGAAGAUUCCGUCCCCCAAGCUGCUUUUGUAGCUUUCAACGGGAAAUAUGUGUCCGUGAAGCAAGGAGUCGAUGUGACUGCUAAUCAAGAUGAAAUUUCGGAUCAUGAAAUAUUCCAAUUAGAAUACGAUAUAGAAAGUAAACGAUGGUGCGUACGAACUAUGCAAGAUAAAUAUUGGAGUUUGCAGAGCAGUUCUGGCAUCCAGGCCAAUGCUGAUAAGGGAUUAGCCAACAGCCUCUUUUCUCUGGAGUGGCAAGAUGACGGCAGCGUCAGUUUUGUGGCAAACAAUGGCAAGUGCAUCAUAGCAAAAAAAAGCGGCCAUUUGUACGCCAAUGGUGAGAGCAGCGAUCAAGACGAAGCCCGGUUCUACUUCUAUCUCAUCAACAGACCAAGCCUGGUUCUGAAAUGCGAACAAGGCUUUGUCGGCUACAAGAGUCUAUCUAAUCCUAAGCUAGAAUGCAAUAAAGCCUCCUACGAAACAAUAACAGUGGAGAGAGAUGAAAAGGGAUUGUGUUUCUUUAAAGGUUCAAAUGGUAAAUAUUGGAAUGUAUGUGAAGAUGGAACCAUAACAGUGGAUUCUGACGUCAGGCAUGGUUUCUUCAUCGAGCUUCGAGAGCCAUCCAAGCUCUGCAUAAAAACGUCUCACGGAAGCUACGUGAUGGCUGAGAAAAACGGUACCUUCAAAGUAAAUGGUGCUACAUUCGAUACAGCAACGUUCUGGGAAUAUUAAUAAAUUAAUGAACGAAUUUUAUAGAACAAACUUUAUAUUGUGAAUCCAUUUCAUUUCAUUUUAGUGGAGAAAAGAACUUAUUUCAUGGUCUUCCUGUAGAUGCUGCUGUUUUAGAAAUUUAUUAUUUCGCUUUUGUUAUUAUAUGUACUUAACAAUUCUUUUUUAUAAACAUAUUGAAAUAUGAAGUGAUUUUUUAAAAAAAAAAAUCAUUAAAAGGUUCCAUACAUUACGUCACUUUUAACCUAAUUAUUUUGAAUGAAGCUUUUGAUAUGAGUUUGAUAUUAGCAAAUUAUCUCUCAAUUUGCGAAAAGAAAAAAUCAAUGUAAAAAUUUUACUCAAAUCAAUAAAAUUUUUGCAUGAAUUGCAUAAAUUUUGCAUAAAACUAUCCAUUGGAUGAAAAAUUUUAUACUCACAUCAGGAGAUUUUCGGAACCAAAAAUCUAUCUACUGGAUAAAAAAACUUAUAUUCAUAGCAAUAGAAAUUUUUUUUGAACCACAAAUCUAUUAGAUGAAAAAAAACUUAUAUUCAUACUGAUAGACACUUUUAAAAUACAGAUUUGUCUGUUGGACAAAAAAUAAAUAAAUAAAAAAAUACCUAUUUAUAUUAAUAGAUAGUUUUUUAACCACAGAUCUAUCUAUUGAAUAAAAAAAAAAAACUAUCAGAAAAUAUUUUUCUUGGCUUUGAAUUUUUAAGAGCUACAUAAAAUACAACCAAAUUUGUAGUUUUUGUACAUUAUUAGUUGCUUAACUAGACAAAUGUAUCAAUUGAGAAACUUAUUUGAUGAUAGUAAGAUGAAAUUAGAAAACUUAGUAGGUGAUUAAAAUAAAGAAAUGAAUUGAUAAAAAUGUUUUCAAAAUUGCAUUUUUCUCCAAUGUUUCUACAAAUAAAGCAAGUAUUUGUGAUAUUUUUGUACAUCUUUAUACAAUAAGUAUUUGAUUGUAUAAUUACUUUUAUAAAUCUUUUUUUUUUUUGCUUUAGUAUACAUUUAUAUAAUCACACUUAUACAUAUAUUAUAUAUAUAUUUACAUUUUUAUAUUGAAUUGCUGAGCAAUAUUUCAUGUUAGUGAGUGAUUACUUGUCAUGUAAUUGUAUUUUUUUUUCUGCAAUAAAGGAAAUUGAAUUAUUUAGUUCCUGUAAAAAUUAUGUCUUAGCGAUUUCAUUUACUUUAGGAAUAGAGGAAUAAGGGGUUUUCUAAAGAUAUAUUUUAAAAUAUUGUUAUGUGUUACUGCUUCAUUAAAUUGUGCAAAUAUAUUUUCAUUUAUAUAUCCAUGUAGUAAUACUGACUUUAUACUUAUUGUGAUUUACUGUAUUAUAUUUUUGUAUUUUAUGUACCGCACUCAAAUAAAUGAUGUUUCUAUUAUAAA